GUCCGGGUCAGCACUAGGCGAGGCGGUGCUUCCCCCGAUUAUACUUAAUGCCGCGACCGCGUUGUCAUCAGUCGUAGAUGCCAUAAUAACCAGCGGGUAUCCGAAAAGAUGAACAGCAGUGCGUUGACAGCGAGAAGGACGAGGACCAGCACGCCGAGGACGCGAAGUGGAUGUGGGAUUUGUCGCAAGCGGCAUAUCAAGUGCGACGAAGCCCGUCCAUCAUGUUUGAGAUGCAGUCGGGCGGGAUGGACAUGCGAUGGAUAUGCGGCAGACAAAGCGAUCGCCAUUGCCUCUCCGAGUCAAAGAGAUGCAGGUACCCUCGCAGCCAGACCAGCAAUUCCCAUUACCAGCUACGCUAUCCCCUUCAAGGUUCCAGGCUCGCAGAGAGACCGCCAAAUCCUGCACUACUUCUGUGUGCAAGGUGCCCAUGAGAUCGCAAGCCACUUCAACGUCGACUUCUGGACAAAUGUCGUCCUACAGCAGAGCCAUCAGCAUUAUGUGGUGCGGCAGGCGCUUGUGUCACUGAGUUCACUACACCUCGAGUGUGCGACUAGAACUAGCAAUAAGCCCUGCCGAAAUAAACCUGAGGUACUGAUUCGAUACGGAAAAGCUGUCCACGCUCUAAGAAAGCGGAUCCAGAAGCCCGACCCCGAUACUAUAAAGGCUGCGCUCACAUGUUGCGUCUUGUUCUACUGCUUUGAAGCAGCUCUCGGUGAUAGUUGGUCCGCCAUGCGCCACUUGGACGCUGGUUUGGACCUGUUGUUGAACCAUUGUCGAGGACAAAAACUCGAGAACGACGAGCACAUGGGCGCCUUGUCUCGUGUGUUCGAAAGCCUAGAUCUACAGGCUACAAUAUUCCACGAUGCACGUGUUCCACGUAUGCGCCUAUCAAUUGAAGACGGCGGAGACCACAAGGCGUUUCGCGACCUAAAUGAAGGCUACGGGACCUUCAAACGACUCCAGAAUUCUCUCUUCCAUUUUCUCACAACGUAUCUGCCAUUCAAAUUCUGUGACAAAGACUCGCUACCUGAUCAUGUAGCGCAACAGAAAGGCGAUCUUGAGGACCAGCUUUGUCUCUGGCUGGCUCGAUUCGAGGAGACAAACUUUACGAGGAGUGCCGACAAGAGCGAAUACCCCGGCGCACGCCUCUUACUCAUACAAUGGCAUGUUUCAAAGAUGCUCAUUGAAUCGAAUUAUCCAGUCAAUGAUGGAGUGUUCGGAUCGUCACCAAACCCACGAGCUGAAAAGGUCCUGAGUAUGAUCGACGAGUUACGCCAUUACUCUCAAGGAAGGGCGACAAGUCUCAGUCGGUCCGAUGUUGGAGAACGACGGACCUUCUCUUCCGAGAGUGGAGUUGUGGGUCCGCUGUUUGCACUUGCUGCCAAGUGCACCGACGAGAACGUGUGCAAUCGCGCUUUCGAACUCCUGACUACAUCACGAAGACGCGAAGGGCUGUAUGACUCGGGAAAUAUGGCAGAGAUCAUCCGCCAAUUCCGUGCGGCAAAAGACCAGAAGAAGGUCAAUGACCUUAAACAAAUACCUAUGAUGAUCCACUCAGCAUUAUCUCUCGAGACGCUGUUCGAACAGAAGAUGCGUGGUAUAGUCGGCGGUAUGGACGAGCUAGUUGACAGCCUCCAGUCAGGGCCUAGUUGCUACAAGAGCGCAGUAACGCAGGCUCGGCGUUUGGGUGAGGAGCAGGAACACAAGCCACAGGACAGUUUUUCUGAAGCUGCCGCCGAGGGAGUUGAUGCGGUGGACGCGACUCAUCUUCCGGCAAUUGUUCGUUAUUUUGCUCAGCGUGAUGUUGGCGUACCCGACUUUGCUCAGCGCUAUACUGCCGAUGCUAUAUAGACUGUUUGGAUUGUUCCAGUCUCAAAAUGUUUUUGACUCGGUUGAACAGUAGUAAAUGUACUUUUAAGACAGAAAUGGGGUUAUUUAGCUCGCGUACAAUGAGUGCCGUCUUCAA